AUGGGCGUCGCAAAGAAGACCAGAAAGUUUGCUGAAACCAAGCGGGUCAUCGGCAAACGCGACGACAGGUUGAAGGAGAACCGCGAGAAGGCCGACAAGGUCCAAGAAACAAAGAAGAAGGCCACCGCAAAUGGGGAGCUCAUCCGCGAGAUCCCCCAAGCGCCCUCUUCGAUGUUCUUUCAACACAAUACGGCUCUCGUACCGCCUUACCAGGUUAUCGUGGAUACCAACUUCCUCUCGCACACGGUUUCGCGUAAGAUCGAGAUGCUAGAAGGCAUGAUGGACGCUUUGUACGCAAAGGUCGAGGUCCUGAUCACGUCGUGCGUCAUGGCGGAGCUAGAGAAGCUGGGCCCCAAGUACAGAAUUGCACUCCGAAUUGCAAGAGACGAGAGGUGGAAGCGUCUAUCUUGUGAUAGUGUCCACAGCGGCACGUACGCCGAUGACUGCAUCGUGGACAGAUGUGUGAAGAACCGGAUCUACAUAGUCGCCACCAACGAUCGAGACCUGAAACGCCGCCUACGAAAGAUUCCUGGAGUCCCCAUACUCUCUGUUGGCCGUGGCAAACCAUGCACAAACUGCCUCAAGAAGUCCCGCGUGGACCUCUGCAAGUACGCCCCCAAGCCCGUCAAGAACAGGCCGCCCAAGAGCAUGGCCGCCCGCCUGAAGAGGCUGGAGGGCAUGGUCCGCGAGAUGCUCGACGAGGACGGCAACGUGAGGGAUCCCUCCUCGGAGCGCACGGCGGUCGGCGAGGACAUGGACAGUGACGGCGACAGAGACGCCAGCAAGUUUGCCUCGUCAGCCUCGGGGGCCCAGGUCAUCCGCGGCGCAGGGGCGAGGGGAGGAAAUACCACUUAUGUGGGGGCUACGCAUUUCAUGGCUAUGUUAGGUGAUAUCGAGGACCUGAAGAGUUACUUUGACCGCGAGGAAGUCAGCCAAGAAAUGAGCGGCGACUCGCCAGAGAACUUCACCGACGGGGACUCGCCCGCGAUGCUCAUUAGGGAUAAGACCUCCCCGAGGACCAGGCAGGAAUUCUUGGACCUACUUCCACCGAAGCACAUUGCCGACCGAUUGGUCAUGCGAUACUUCAAUGCACACUCGGCCUCACAGCACGUUGUCCACAAGCCAACAUUCAGCAGAUUAUACAACGAGUUCUGGGCGGACCCGACUUCGCCCACCAUAGAAAUGGACUUCUUCGCCUUGCUGUACAUGGUCUUCGCGCUGGCCAUCUUCUUCAGCAACUUCAUGGCGCCGCACGAGCUCGCCAGCGACAACGUCCCGCUGACGCCCAUACAGCGCUUCCGCCAGUACCGCGCCGCAGCCGGGUCCGCCCUGACGUGCUCCUCGCGUGACGGCCUGUACGGUUUCUCGCCCCUGGGCCCACUGACCUGCGCGCCGUUGAUUUUGUACGUCGAGGCCGACUUCCUCAUAAACCGCACGUCGCAGAUGAACUGCUACCUGCUGUCGAGCGUGUGUAUCCGGAUCAUGCUCAAGAUGGGCCUGCACCGUGACCCGACGAAGCUCCCUGGGUCGCCGCUCUCGCCCUUUGAGGCCGAGAUGGGUCGGCGGAUGUGGAACUUGGCGAUUCAGAUCGACCUGAUGGUGGCAUUUCACCUGGGAUUGCCUAGUAUGAUUCACGGCAUCGAGAGUGAUACCCUGCCACCUAGGAACCUCAUGGACGAGGACUUUGACGAGAACACCAAGGAAUUGCCGCCAGGGAGGCCAGACACAGAGUACACUCACAUGACAUACCCAACGUUCAAAGCUGGGAUCUGCAAGCUGUUUGGCCUCGUGGCGAGGCAGGCAAACGCGCUCACGGAGCCGACAUACGACGAAGUCAUGGAUCUGGACAGCCAGCUGGCGGCAAAGUUCGACGCCAUGCCGGCCUUUAUGAAGGUCAGGCCGCUGGAAGAGUGCGUGACUGACCCGCCGUAUCAGGUAGUCCAGCGGUUCGGCAUCGCGGCGCUCUACCACAAGGCCAUCUGCGUGCUGCACAGGCGGUACCUGGUCGAGAAGGGGUUUAAGAAGGAGCAUAACUACUCGAAACGGAGGUGCCUGAUGGCAGCGCUGGCGCUGCUGGAAUACCAGAACAUUGUCUUCGAGGCGGCAAGGCCAGGUGGUAUGCUUAGCCAGAACGGAUGGUUCGUUUCGAGCCUCGCCAUGCACGACCUCCUGCUCGCGGCCAUGGUUGUCUACCUUGUCAUCCAGAACGACCACUAUACCGAGCCCGGCGGGAACUUUGACUGGACGAGAAAGGACACAGUCUUACCGAGCAAGAAGCAACUUAUGGAAGCGCUCAAACGGUCGUACCGCAUCUGGACGGAAGUCGCUAUAGUUGUACCAGAAGUGAAAAAGGCGCCAGAGGUUCUCGCCGUCAUGUUUCGCAAGAUUGAGAAGAGCGGUGCUGCGGAGAGGGAGUCGGUCUCGAUGCUGGAUGAAUUACAAAGGCCUCAGGAAUCUGGUCCAGCUUGUUACUACCCGUCCCUUGACAGCUUGAGUAUCAACGGUAAGCAGCACCUCGUGGGCCUACGCGGGACCAAAGCUCAGCCCUCAGCCCCCUUUGCGAACCUCAGGGCUGACCUUCCACGCUCAGUGUCAUCUGUGCCUGACCAAAGCACAUUCAACACGUCGUUAAAGGGCCAACCGGAAUUGAGUAAAUAUGGCUUUACGAGAGGACCUGUGACAGCUGAGCCCAGCAUGGAAGCCACUUGGGUGCCCGAGGCGACAGAUGCAAUGGAAACGAUCGACUGGACCUCUUUGGAAAGGGCCAUCCGUGCCAACGCCACGUUUGGCCCAUCGUCUGGCGCCGAGCAGUGGAUGGGCGACGACAGCUCGUUCGACUAUUCUAGUAUCAACUUCAUGGAAUCUGAUUUCACCAGUGGGAGCGGGAGCUACCACCAGGGACCAUAG